UCGCGAUAGAGGCUGCUGCGAUGUUCGCAUUCUGUAUUUAUAAGCAGCAGUAUCUCUGUACAGCUCAGCUCACAGUUGGUAAACGCAUUGCUGCUUUACGGGGGCGUUUUCGACAUUUCGUAUUUGACAGUAUAGGGAGACCAUCUCUUUCGGAAAAGACAAAAAUGUCCAUAUAAGCAACAAGAAAGGGGCUUGGAGAAGCAAAUGGAGGAGUGAAAAAUCCAGCAAGCCCUCCGCUCGGCAUUUCCCAGCAUAAGCAGCCAGAUUUGAGGAUUUGAGGUAGAAGAGAGCAAAGCCUGCUCUAUCUGCCAAGGACAGAAAAUCACAACUGCAGUUCCUGGCACACAAGCAAUUUUGGCCUUGAUCAUGCAGUUCUCUACCAAUGUCUUCUUAUUAUCAACCUUCCUGAUCUCUCUCAUCCCUAACGGCUUCUCCCAAAAUGAUGAAGACCUUGUUAAUACACGUGAGGGUCUAGUUCAAGGUGUGCGCUUUCCUGUGCCAGAUGGGAGCUAUGUCACUGCUUUCCUUGGCAUUCCUUUUGCUGAGCCACCAGUGGGUAAGCGUCGCUUUCGUCCUCCUGAGCCAAAGCGAAGAUGGACUGGGAUUUUGGAGGCUAAGGCCUACCCCAACGCCUGUUACCAGUAUGUAGACACAUCGUUCCCAGGUUUCCAAGGCAGUGAGAUGUGGAAUCCUAACAGAGAGAUGAGUGAAGACUGCCUGUACCUUAACAUCUGGGUACCUGCCUCACCAAGACCUCACAAUCUCUCAGUUAUGGUGUGGAUCUAUGGUGGAGGGUUCUACAGUGGCUCUUCUUCACUGGAUGUGUAUGAUGGCCGUUACCUUGCUCACACUGAGACAAUCAUUGUGGUCUCCAUGAAUUACCGUAUUGGUGCCUUUGGUUUCCUUGCUCUUCAUGGCUUUUCUGAGGCUCCUGGAAAUAUGGGUCUGCUGGACCAGAGGUUGGCACUACAGUGGGUGCAAGAAAACAUUCAUUUCUUUGGUGGAAAUCCCAAACAGGUGACUAUCUUUGGUGAGAGUGCUGGUGGUGCUUCAGUUGGAUUCCACCUAUUGUCUCCAGACAGCAGACCUUUUUUCACUAGGGCCAUUCUUCAGAGUGGGGUCCCUAACUGUCCUUGGGCCUCUGUCAGCCCUGCUGAGGCCAGAAGACGUGCCACACUUCUGGCAAAGCUUGUUGGCUGCAAUGGAGGGAAUGACACAGAGCUAGUGGACUGUCUGCGUAAUAAAACUCCACAGGAACUUAUCGACCAAGAAUGGCUGGUACUACCAUGGUCAGCUCUCUUCCGGUUUUCAUUUGUACCAGUUGUGGAUGGUGACUUUCUGCCUGACACUCCAGAAGCAAUGCUUAACUCAGGAAAUUUUAAAGACACUCAAAUUCUUCUUGGAGUCAAUCAAGACGAGGGCUCAUACUUUCUGCUAUACGGAGCACCGGGAUUCAGCAAGGACAACGAAAGUCUAAUUUCCAAAGAGGACUUCCUGGAAGGUAUAAGACUGAGCGUACCACAUGCUAAUGAUAUUGGCUUGGAGGCAGUGGUGUUGCAAUAUACUGACUGGAUGGACGAGAACAAUGGAUUGAAGAACCGUGAUGCCAUGGAUGACAUUGUGGGUGAUCACAAUGUAAUUUGCCCACUGGCCCAUUUUGCUCGUUCUUAUUCUCAACACCACACUCUUAAGGCAAACAUAGGCAUGAUGAACAGUGCAGGAAACACACAAGGAGGGGUGUACCUCUACCUUUUUGAUCACCGAGCCUCUAACUUAGCCUGGCCAGAAUGGAUGGGGGUGAUUCAUGGGUAUGAAAUUGAGUUUGUCUUUGGGUUGCCACUGGAGAAGAGACUCAAUUAUACCUCUGAAGAGAAGAACUUAAGUCGGCGUAUGAUGAAGUACUGGGCAAACUUUGCACGGACAGGAAAUCCCAAUGAUGGGCUGCUGGAUAGUAGAAAGCGCUGGCCAGUGUUUACGGUAAACGAGCAGAAACAUGUCACACUCAACACUGAACCACUAAAAAUUCACAAAGGUUUGCGCAACCAGAUGUGUGCAUUCUGGAACCGCUUCCUGCCACGCCUUCUGAACAUCACAGGCAACAUAGACGAGGCAGAGCGUCAGUGGAAAGUGGAGUUUCACCGCUGGUCCUCCUAUAUGAUGCACUGGAAGAGUCAAUUUGACCACUACAGCAAGCAAGAGCGCUGCACUGACCUCUGAGAGCCAGAGAAUUAGGACGACUAAAUUAUGGAAAACUACAUGUUUUGUUUUAUUUUUCUCUAUCGUCCUUCAUUAACAUCUGACUUUGCUCUUGUUUAGUUUCAUAACACUCCAAAUUCAAAUCCUCUUUAUCCUUAUUUAUAUUAUUUAUAUUAUUUAUACUAUUUAUUGAAAUGUUUUACUGAAUGCGGAUGUCUGUGUCCAUAAAGGAAAGACAUUGAAGGAAACUGAUCUUGAAGACUACAUGUUGCCAUUUGUGUGUGUUUGCAUGCCUUUGAAGCCCCCAGUUCAACUUAAAUCUUGAUGUAGUACUGCACUAUGGAGCUUUACACUCUUUUUUCCCCCUUCAUAUUGUUUAAUCUAAGUUCAUUUUUGGUUCACAAGAAAUCCUUUUUUGCAUCAUACAAGGGUUUAAUUUUGUCCAACCAGUUACAAACAUUUGUUUUCCUUUUUUGCAGCCUCAAUGUCCUGUAUUUUAAUUUCACUUUUAAUACUAGUAGACUCAUCAUUUGGGAUGUUUUUCAUACCAUUUCCUGAGUAUUAGUCAAAUUUCUUACUUCUCAUGUAUCCUUAUUUCUUUCUUAUCAGUUCUAAUUUGUAUUUUCCAUCUACGCUCUCAUCUUCUUCCUCUGCAUUUGUUCCUCCCCUUCUGUUUUGACCUUUUGUCUUCCACUCUAACCUAGCCUCCGCCCAACUUCUUGUCUUUCAUAUUGCUUUCUUUUACUGUUACCUCCCUCCACUGUCUCUGCCAUGUCAGAAAUCUCCUUCUACUCUCCCAUCUCUCAUUAGCAUCCUUUCUAGAUCUCUGUUUUUCACAUCUAAAUUUGCCUCUAUGACACUGAUACAUCCUUGUUUCCCUGUCCUUAGUUUUAUCACCAUCCACAUUUCCAUCCCCCUGCAUCGUCCUCCUUUCUUGUUAAUCUAAUGGAGGCAGAGUAAUUCACUCAGUGGAAAGAUAAUGUGACAGAGUGCUAGCUCAGCCUCCUGCCUGCCAGCCAGCAUGACUCGAUGAAUUGAUGCAAAAUGGAAGAGAAAGAAUAGAGACAGCAGGCAAGGACAGAAAAGAGGGGGGAGAAAGGAAAGGGGAGGAUCUUGUAGAAAGAAGAAAAGAGUCCUUGCGGCAUUGCAAUCUUUAUUGAAUGUAGCUCUCAUAUUUUUCCUUUGGCGCUAAAAAUGUGACCGGAAUGAAAAUAUCUAAUACAUAACGGGCCACAUCUAUUAUUUGUUGCACCCACUAUAAACGUUUAAUAAUUAUAGUUCCCUAAUUGCUAACAUAAAUGCUAGACUCUUAUCCGUUUUCAUAUAGCCACAUUUUUCCUAGUUUGUCUUUGCUUGUAUUUAGUACUAACUCACAUUUGCAAUUAUUGUUGUGCCCUCUAGUGGGUCAAAUCAGCCUGAAGCUGAAGAUUUGUCCCAAAGUAUUGUUUCAACUUUUAUGUAUUCUAAAAUUCUGAUAUUAGAGUAAAACAGCCUACAUCUCAAACGAUUGUGUUGUGUGCACAAUUUCAAAUCUGCUCAAAGUGAUUGGUCUUAUCUGCAACAGUGAGAUGAAUGAAUUAAUUAGUAAUUGUCUUUAUGAUGUGUUUACUUCUAAUGAUUCUUGAAAAAACAACAUAUUUUUAAGCUUGCUAGAAUUUAUUUCUGUCCCAAUCACUAUGAUAAUAUUUUUAAAAAGACUGACAUGUUCAAAAAGCUAAUGAAAUGGUUUCCUUUACAAACCUUUGCUUUUUGCCUGACGUGUGUUUUAAUAAGAGAGACAUAUUGGAAAAAAGAAACAAAUAUGCUAAGAGUUAUGUCCAUUUCCAUGUUAUUUACGUUUAAUCUUAAAGCUAAUUAGUUAUAUUGUUUUUUAGAUUAACCAAGGUCCAAUAAGUGACUUGUUCUGGUCUUCAUUUCACCUGUUUAAAUUCCCAUGUAGUAGAAACUGUUUUCAUUUAGCUUUUUUUCCUUUUAUUUAGCAGAACUACAUCUUCUCAUAUGAGAGAGAGAGAGAGAGAGAGAGAGAGAGAGAGAGAGAUACUUUCACCAUCUUAAUUGACUCGACUCAACAAGCACCUUUGCUAGCAUGUGGCUCAGAUUUGUCUUGCCAGCUUUAAUAAGAAGUACAUAUAAAAAAAAUGUGUAACUUGUGUCUACUAUUACAAGCAAGGAAAGCAUGUGUCAGGAGCUGUAUGAGUGACAAAGUCCUUCACUCUCAUUUAAUGGAAAACUGCGCCUAUGUACCUUCCAUUGUCCUUCUAUAAAACUGUUGUGCAUGUUCUAACGUCCAUUAUCCCCAGAUUAUUCUGCCAAACUUGGACUGUUACACUGUAGAAUUUGUACUGUUCACAAAACUAUUACACAGUUCUGUAAUUUUAACAUAUAUUGUUAGCUUUGUUUGAUGUUAAUAACAUAAAUAGAUCAGUAAGGGAAUAUAUUUGAUAUUCAGUAAUACUAACAAGAUUAAACUGCAUCAAGAAUUUACGUGUUGUGAAGCAAUAUUAUUGUGAGUAUAAACUGAACAUAAGUGCCAUAAACUUUUUCCCUUUUGUUUUUCUGUUUGCAUUAAUCCUCUGCCUCAUGGCUAUUUGUUCCAAUCAAUAAUACUGUAAGUGCUAAAGGCAUUUUUUUUAGGUUUAUUGUCAUUGUUAUGUAUCAUCAGUGUGAAAAAUCUAUUGCAACAAAAAUAAAGGCAUUCUGCAGCAUC